ACAUUUGAAAAGUGAAAUCAGAAGUAAGAUAAAAUUAUCGGCGUCACCAGCCCUAGUCCAUUUCCACCGCCACGAAGAACACAGUUACACCGCCGGAAGCCGUUCAACCCCGUUCCGUCCGAUAAAUCGCCGUUCGGGUGUAUUCUACCUAAUCGCUAUUGAGUAAUUGUUACGCUAUGAGAUGAAUUUCCUCUCAAGCACGAAAAUCUAGCAGCAGGUAGCCGGAGUUUUUUAAUGUUUGUUUUGAAUGGCAAAUCCGGUGAUUCGAACUCUUGGAAGAUUGUCUUCACUUCUUAAUCAUCGUCCUCUCUCUUUCAGACAAGUUUUUCAGAAAAAAGAACCGAUUUUUACUCUCUUAAGGCCUACACCUCAACUGCAUCAAAUCCCACAAAAUUCCUGCCAAGCAGUUUGGUUAUGUCAAAGGAGAAACUUCAGUCACGGUUCAGUUAGUUUGGUAAUAUCGCCAGAUGGUAAACCCAAGUUCGAAACCCACGAAAUCGAGCCCCCGAAAAAGGACAAGUGGAAGACGAAGAAAAGGCUGAAGCUUCAGAGGAAGAGAGAGAAGCAAAAGAGAAAGACAGCCAAUAAGAGAGACCCCAGAAGUCUUGGAGUUAAAGGCGCCGGCAAGAAGAAGAGGCAAAGGUUUGCCAAUGCAGAGGAGAGGAUCAAGUACAAGCUCGAAAACGCAAGAAUGAAGGAGGCCUUAUUAAUUGAAAGGCUAAAGAAGUACGAAGUUCCCAAAGCGCAGGGUCCUGCAAUCGAACCCCAAGUGCUAACUGGCGAGGAAAGAUUUUAUAUGAAAAAAAUGGCCCAGAAAAGGUCGAAUUAUGUACCGGUUGGCAGACGAGGUAUCUUUGGAGGAGUUAUUCUCAAUAUGCAUAUGCAUUGGAAGAAACACGAAACGGUCGAGGUCAUAUGCAAACCGUGCAAGCCUGGCCAAGUACAAGAAUACGCAAGUGAAAUUGCUAGGCUGAGUGGUGGAACUCCAAUCCAUAUAAUUGGGGACGACACCAUUAUUUUUUAUCGAGGAAAAGAUUACGUGCAGCCAGAGGUCAUGUCUCCAGUCGAUACGUUAUCGAAGAAACGGGCACUGGAAAAAUCAAAAUACGAACAAUCACUGGAGUCGGUGAGACGGUUUAUUAGUAUUGCGGAGAAGGAACUGGAAUUAUAUUAUCGACAUGUUGCACUUUAUGGUGAUCCGAACAAUAGGGAUCCCAAAUCAAUCCUCGAUCAACCCAAGACCAGUGGCAAACUUGAAAUAAUGAACAACAAUGUUGUCGAGGAUGAAAUUAUGUCUUCAGGUGAUUUGUCUUGUGAAGAUGAUGAUGAUAGUGACAUGUUUAGUGACGACUAUUCUUCUUCUUCUUCUUCUUCUUCUUGUGAUGAAAAAACAGAUGAGAGUACAUUUUCAAGAAUAUGAAUUGUAGAUUAGGAAAAAGUUAGAUGGUUAUAUUUUCAGCUUGUUAAUAUACAUAUUUAUCAAAUUUAGUGUCGAUCGAAAGAAUGAACAUUGUUCGAGCUUCAAGAUAAUGGUAACAUUUUUUCUUUUCAAGAAAUUUUUGUAUCCA